ACCACUCUAACCAGCCGCCGACCACUAGAGAAGCUGGUGGCAAUGGAUUCAUCUACGUUCACCAAUUAAUUCCCUUUUAACAAUCUUUCUCAGAAACUCUAAAACCCCUUUUCAUUUUUAUUCUUAAAAAAAGAAACAAUCUUUUAAUUUCUCCAAUGCUCAAUGUCCCUCCAUGUCAGAUCUUCACAAUCCAUCAUCACAACAGGCAAAAAUAGCUUCAAUUUCUUCAAGGUUCGAUUAACAUUUAUAUUAUAUAAGUCUUUUCAUCAAUCUCAUAACCAAAAAACAAAUAAUAAUAUCUGUAUAAACAAUACCCAUAGUGAUUGCCCUGAGUUACAUUUCAAGAAUCUUAUUUUUUCAGCUAUUGAAUCAAAUUAUAGGGCUUUUUGUUAUAAUACUAACCCGGGUCAGGGUUCGGGCCGAAACCCGUUUCAAGAAAGGUUUAAAGCUGUCAUCUUUGAGCCUGAGUUGUUUGUUAGGGUGCUUAGUUCACUUAGAAACCACCCUUUGGUUGCUCUUAGGUUCUUUAGCUGGGUCGAGAGACAACCUGGGUUUAGGCCUACGGAUAAUUCGUUUGUUGCGAUUUUUGAUAUUCUUGCUAGGAGUAAUUUGCUGGGCCGGGCUGAUUCAGUUAUGGAAAGGGUGGUGGUUUGUGGGAAUUUGAAUGGGGUUUUGGAUAUUUUGAUUAAUGGGAACUUGAAUGUAAAUGUUGUGGUAAAGGUGUUAGAUUUUAUGAUUGUUUUUUUGGUUAAGAAAGUGAUGGUUGAGCAUUGUUUGUUUGUGUUUAAUAAGAUGAUUAGAAGUAAGUUCUUACCUGAUGUGAAGAGCUGCAAUAGGAUUCUUAAAGUGCUUAGGUCUACGAAAUUAGUUGAUAAAAGAAAACAAGUGUAUAGUAUGAUGAAUCAGUAUGAUAUUAAACCGAACAUCGUUACUUACAAUACUUUGUUGGAUUCGUAUUGCAAAGAGGGUGAUGUUGAACAAGCUUUGCAUCUCUUAGAUGAAAUGCAAUUGAGAGGUUGUGUACCUAAUGAUGUUACAUAUAACGCGUUGAUCUGUGGGUUGGUUAAAGAAGGUGACUUUGAGCAAGCGAAAGAGAUGAUUUCUAAAAUGUUGAUUUUGGGUUUGAAGGUGUCAGCUUACAGUUAUAAUCCUUUAAUUCUCGGAUAUUGUAAGAAAGGAUUGGUUGUGAAAGCUUUUAAACUUGCUGAAGAAAUGGCUGUAGUGGGAGUAUCACCGACUGUAUAUACGUACAAUAUUCUUAUUUAUGGCUUAUGCAAACAGGGAAGACUUAUUCAUGCUAGACAAUAUCAUUCUGAGAUGCUAAAGAAGAAAAACUUAAUGCCAGAUGUAGUUUCAUAUAAUAUUUUGAUCUACGGGUAUAGUCUUUUAGGGCGUAUGGCCGAGGCCUUCUCGUUGUUAUAUGAGUUAAGGCGUAUGGAUCUUAUUCCUACAAUGAUUACCUACAAUACCCUUAUGCGAGGGUUAUGCAUGAAUGGUAGUUUGGAAGAAGCAAUAAAGCUAAAGGAAGAAAUGGACAAUCUUGGUUUUACUCCAGAUAUCUACACGUACACAAUAUUGGUCAAUGGUUCUUUCAAGAUUGGUGAUUUGGCCAUGGCUAAAAAAAUGUUCAAUGAGAUGCUGAGUCGUGGGUUGCAGCCUGAUCAUUACGCGUACACUACUUGGAUGGUUGGAGAACUUAAGCAUGGUGAUAGAUCUUGGGAUUCUCAUUCAUUAAAAGAAAUGCUGCGUCCUAUGCCUAAUUUAAUUGCAUAUAAUGUGGCUGUACAUGGUUUUUGUAAGGAUGCAAAUGUCCAAGAUGCAAGUAAGUUGUUAAAAGAUAUGGUUUCUAGUGGUUUUGUUCCUGAUCAUGUCACAUAUACGAGCAUAAUUUGUUCAUAUUUGGAGUUGGGAAAUAUUCAAAAAGCUAAAGAUUUGUUUUACGAGAUGCAAUGUGAAGGUGUAAAUCCAACGGUUGUGACUUACACUGUACUUAUACAUGCCCAUGCUGUCAUUGGGAAGAUAGAACAGGCAUUUGUGUAUUUUAGGGAAAUGCAAAGGAAAGGUAUUGUACCGAAUGUGAUCACUUACAAUGUGUUGAUUAAUGGUUACUGCAAAUCUGAAAAAAUGGAUCAAGCUUAUGGAUGUUUUUCUGAAAUGGAAGUAAGAGGUUUAGUUCCCAAUAAAUAUUCAUACACCAUAUUGAUAAACGGAAAUUGUAAUUUGAGUAAUUGGGGCGAGGCUUUCCGGUUAUAUACUGAGAUGGUUGCUAGAGGAGUUGAGCCUGAUUCAUAUACACAUAGUAUACUUUUCAAGCGGAUAGGCUUGCAUGCAAAAAAUAGUGCAGUUCAUUAUCUUGAACACGUGGUUCUUGGUAAUGAGGAAAUCAGUGAACCAAAAGUAGCUCAGAAUUCAUAGUGAUUGCUGGAGAAUUAAAACUUCUUCAGAUCAUGUGGCUCAUCUAUUGUGAAUGACUAUGGUGGACACAUUGGCGACUUUUUAGUUAUAUUAAGUCAGAUGUUUAUACAUUCAAGACAUAGUUUUGAUACCCUACAGCUCACAAUGAGAAAGCAAUCUUGUUAGCCGUAGGACGGGAUGUUAUCACAGUAGCAAGUAUGAUUGUUUGAAAAGCCAGUUGGUCAUGAAUUAAAGUGUUCAAGAUUAUUGUUAAAUACUGUAACUUUUGGUUCUAAGCUGAUGAGGAACAGCUCAAAGGUCUGCUGCCAUUUAACUCCCAAAAUGAUUCAUUAUCUAUCUUCUAAAAUGUGGGUGACAUUGUAAACUCAGGUGGCAUUCACUUUCCCGGAUUGAGGCAGUUCUUAGCGAUAUGCAGUGGCUAUGGUGCAAUGUCAGCCGCUGGCAGCAGUGGUUAUUCAAGAGAAUGGGAGAGACAUCUACAUUUAAUGUUUCUAUGUCACACAUCAGUAUGACUUUUAUAAUGGGCAGGGAAAAUGGUUAUGAUGUCUUAAAUGUAGUUAGCUAUUUUAUAAUAGGCUUUGAUUUCCUAUUUCUCUUUUCAUUAUGUUAGAGCCGCAUUAUUUUGUAAAAAAAAAUUUCUACUUUUUGUAAGCCUAACAUUAGUACUAAUUGAAAACCAAUUCAUGACAUGGCAUGAGAUUUCACUUGUCUUUCUGUAACACCUUGUAAACAUCAUCCUUGUACACUCA